UCAACGUUGGCCGAUGGUACCAGCGGCGCUAACCAGCCAUCAGACAGCAGCCAGCAGAGCAAGGCGAUUCGCGCGUUGGCGGAUCUGAUUGUUUGUCCGGCGACCAGUUUUCCGAUGAGCAUCGGUCUGUUCUACGACGCAUCCAACGCCUCGGCUGUUGCAAAUCCCCUAAAUACAGCCCUCCUCCAACUCCAGGACGAAAUCCAAAUACUGAUUCGCCUCAAAACAAAGGCACUUUCCACAUUCAGCGCUGCUUUGAUUUUCGUUCCUGCGAUGGCCAUCUUCGCAGCAGCCUUUGUGCUGGCCAUCACAACGAAAUACGAAGUCGGUCUUUCACUGGGCUUCCUGGGCCUAUUUAUUCAGUUCCUCGUACUUGCGGGUAUCGCAAUCGGAAAGCAGUGCUUCAAUGUGAGCAUCGCGUGGAACGCCAGCUUUCUCCUGUCUUCCUUCGUACGUCAAGUUAAUCUUAUCACAAAAUUCCUCUUCUACUAUCCCCGACGGAGACCCACUUCUACGAGCCCGGUGAAGAUUCAGACCGUUCAAUACCGUCUUCCUCAAUCCCCAAAUACUCCACAUCUCAUCUUGAUGCUCCUCAAACGAAUGUGGCUGGCGAUGGACAAACAGUACAAUCCCUUUGUUGUCAGGCUACAACGAUUCAUGCACCAGAGCACCUAUCCUUUGUCGACAAAGCGCGCCCACAAACGAAUUUGCUGCCUCCCUGCCUACUUGGUGGUCAUUAUGCUGGGUGUGGCCAUUCUCGUUGACCUGCUCUUGCUGCGUAUUUACAACUUCAACGCAAUUGAAAUGCUCACGGACAUCCGGGUGCUGCCGAUAUUUGUGAUAAUGAGCUCAAUAAUCUUCCUUGGUGUCUGCGCCUCCGUUCCUUCCCUCGCCAACGCAGCAUUCGCCUUUUUCUACCGGCCAAAAACACCCCUAACCAAGGCGAUCGAGUCGUACGCCACUGAAGGCUCCACUUGCUUGGGCGCCCAGAAGAAAUCGAAGCUAAUCAACACUUUCACCUCGAGGCUCAGCAGUGCAGGUGAACCAAUCAAGCCGAACGGUGACUGCCUUUCUCCUAGUGUCGAAGCAGCUGACCUACUUCCCGUCACCUCGUCGUGUGAGGUGGACAUUCUGGCGAAGCGGGAGUUCGCCAACAUCUGUGACAUGCUGCAUGCCUUCAACUUUUACCUUCAGGACAUCGAACAGACCCGACUGGUGGUCAUGAUUGACGCCACUGAGGCUACUUCGCCAGUACAGCUAGCUGGAGUCUUUUAUCAAGUGCAUAGCCUAGUGCUAACUCAACCCAACGCUCCGAUUGCCUUUGUCAUUGCUACUGAUAUUAAGGCAAAGAGCCGGCCAAAUGAACCCAACGAGGCCCUCAAUCUGCUCCAGAGCAUCGCCGACUGUAACCACCUCAUCCUAUUCAGCGUCCACCUGCCCAUCUUUCUGGACUCCAGCAUUGUCGAGAAUGACUCCCUCUCACUGCUACGGUUCCCUGGGGCUGGAAGCCUUCAGGCACUUCUCCAGCGCUCCACGCCAAACACGCCGGUCACACCUCAGCUGCUAGGCGACGUCUCGGACGAGGCUGGUGAGGAGACUGCUCGACAAAACCACGCCACUGGGAAUAACACCGGCCAAAUCAACAAAGCCUACACGUCUGCUGAGGUAGAGCUCGGCGUUGCCUCAAAAGAUGUCUGGAGUGACGCGUCUGUGAUGAAGGCGACUCAGUCCACGACUAGCCUGAGUGUUCAGAACCAGUCGCCCGGUGUUGUCAUCGUUAGCCAACCCUCGGUGAUAAAAAACGUGAACAUCUCACGACUGACUGCAACCAAAGCCGGCGCGAAGGGCAUCGCCGAAAUUUUCCUUGCCAACGAAGAAAUGGCCGAACAAAAUGUGCCAGUGAUCAAAACCCUCGUGGCCGUGACAGCUUUCACAAAAAAUGCGAUAUUUCUUGUUAAACGAAGUCACUUGCAACUCACACACGCAGUAACUGUGUGGGAGAAUAUCCGCAUUCUGAUUCUUAUCGUGAGUCCGCAUAUCGGCCAUAUGGUCGCCCACCCAGUUGUGCCGAACAGUCGAGGCGCUCCUUUCGCUUCCCUGGCCUCACCCCUUGACCGACGUCGUCUAAUCCGACUCAACUCAAUGUCGCUGUCAAUCAAGCAACUGACAAACUGGGUUUACAUGACUCAACACUGGCCAUACCACAUGGCGUGGCUAACUGUGAUGCUAGAAGACGAGGAAGAGGUGACGAACCCACCAGUUCCUGCCCAACGCCAGGUUCAAGGAUUUCCGAGUCUGGUUGCUAAGGCUAUGGAUGAAAUUUCCGCUUUACCACCCGUUGGUUCAAUUCUCUCGGGAGACGAUCGGGAUCCAGCCAAAUUGCUUCACUUCAUCCAAAACCAACUUGACUGCUACUACUCAAUUGUCGACCUCAGGCACCUGGUUGAAAUCAAAAUCCGACAGUGCUACUUCGGGGAGCAGAGGUUUGAAUGUCGUGAAUCCGACCUCGAACGCUCCCUUUUGACCCCAAACAGGGUAAUUCGUGAGCCCAGGGCCGUGGACACGCAGUCAUUCAGCGUACCACACGUCCCGGAGUCCGACUACAGAGGAAAGGGAGGGGCAGGUAGUGGAGGAGGAGGUGGAGGUGGUGGUGGGGAGACACAAAACGAUUCCUCAGGCGAAAUCUGCUCGCCCCCACACGUCUCACUCGACUCAGAGCCCGUUGAAAAAGGCAUGUGCUACGCCAAUCCCUCGAACGUGCCCGCAUUCUUUUCGCCUUGUCCGAUCCGACUCAGAACCAACAUUCCAAUGAAAGGACUGAGCAAAAUGAAUGUGGAAGAAGUGUGCUCGCUGUUAUCGGCGAUAUCUGACCUCCCGCCCACCAACUGCUCCUCCUACCAGAUGCAAAUUCGCCGACAGAACAUAACCGGUCAGGUGUUGUCUGUCUGCGACCUAACUAAGCUUCGUUCAGAGCUGCAGAUGAGUUUUGGAGACUGGCAACUUUUCAAUACUUUCGUCACAUUUCUUCGUAGCGUUGAGGCCGAGGUGGCUGAGAGGUCUCGAAACAGUCAUCCGGCGACAUUUUUUGCUGAUAUGAAAUCGCCUCACGGAUCCCUAACCGUUUCGUCUCCCUACCCAUAUUCACAAGUCCUUGUGUCCCCUUCACCAUUCGUUUUUUGCAAUGAACAAUCACAGGGACGUGGAAAAAACAUGUUUGAUGUGCCCGUGCUGGUGCAGCAGGUUCCUGUAGAAACUGCGGUUGCAAAUAUUCGUCACAACACCGAUCGCACCACGAGCGAUUUCUCGUUUGGUAGUGGAACCGAUGAGAUGGAAUUGGCCUGGCGUCGUGACGUCCAGCCAGAUUCUCUUAACAACAACAACAGUAUGAAGUACCAACACACCGGUAGAGAGGCGACUUCAAGACCCACGUCUGGGCACACCCGGUCUACCUGGCUUGAAUCGGCUGAAGGCCCUUUGUGUGGGGGACUUAGCAAGUCAACUCACGACCUUCGGUCUGCAACUGUGGCUCGCAAAUCCCAAGGCAACACCUCGACAUCAGCCAACCUUGAGAAGCGAUGUGAAAGAAAUUCCAGAAAAUCCGAUAAACAAAUACCACCACCGUUGUUCCACUCCACCUCUAGCGCACCAGACCAUUUGGUUCAGAUGGUGCCAGCUUACAUUCCUAGAGCCCCUGAUUCCAGUGGCUUUAUACCCCUGUGGUAUCCGACAUUACCUUAUGUCGGAGAAGCUAAGAGUCCUCAACGGUCGCAGCAUUUGGAAGAUGAUUAUCCAUCUGGAUUUUCUAGCGUCUCCGUUGACGGAACCUACGAUUUUCCAAGCGACUAUUCUAACGCAGACCGCGAUAUUCAACAAAAAGCGUCCUAUCGCCACCAGUGCCCAGCUAACUGCCCACGCAGCCAUAGAAGCCGUCGGAGAAGGCGGAAAUCCUCGCGAUCCAGCCGAUCCUCCAACCGCACGGCACAAAAAACCUCCAGUCGAAGGAGUUCUUUCGGGCGUAGCAGUCAAAAGAACGCCGAGGGGUGCACUUGUGACUACUUUCUCUAUGGAGAAGGAAGAUCAGCAAGGGGCAACACUAAUGUUAAUCCCUGGACCAUUCGUUCUCCCCGCAAAAUAUCCUCCCCCGACCUCUCAGACAUUGAGGCUAUGACGAGCAGUUGA